AUGUCCAGCAGCAGCAGCGGCCGCACGACGCUCGUCAAGCCGCCGCCCUACGAUCCCGAAAAGAGCCACAUUGAAAAUGUCCUCGAGGUGACGGAGCUCGGCGUUCUGGGGCCGAUAUAUAUAUAUAUAUACGCAUGGAUGUUCUCCGAGAUAGACACGCCCUGGGCCGGCGACGGCCGCGGAGUCGUCCUGCAGCGCAUCUUUGCCGCCGACGGCACCCUGCUCGCCACCUGCGUCCAGGAGGGUCUCGUGCGACUGACGCAGGAGGAUGUUGACGGCGCGGCGCGCGAGGGUGGGGCCACGGCCAAGGACGCGGGCAAGGCAAAGCUGUGA